AAUUUGCAGUGAGACUGGAAUGGGUGUGUCCACUCAAACUUCGUUUCUAUUAUGAAGCUGCAGGAAGGCUCAAGACUUCUUUUGACAUAGUUGAAUUUGCAACUAAAAAGUAAAAAGGAGCACCACGGCCAACGACGAGAUUGCAUUUCCAAAGGUACUGGAAUUGCCAACACAGCAGCCUCUGUUGCUUCUUGCGCUGGCUCGACACGCCGAUUGUGCAGAUUGGGAGGCAAUCACCAUCAACAAACGGACGUCUGAGGUAGAUCAAGACUGAGGAUCGGCUGAAGACCAGAGAGGCUGGACGUUCUUGGACCUUGGAAGAAGGGCAACAGCACAGCUGUCGCGGGGGCAGCUUGAACUAUUCAGCUCUCAGACAAGGCAUUCACGAAGCUGCUUCGGCCAGAAUCGGGUGCGCGCAAGAUAGUGAAUUGCUUCGUCGAUACUAGAAACGGCAAGAUGCGCGACGGACGCGCUCUCGUGGUGGCCCUGCUCCUCAUGGCUCCUCUUUUCACCUGUAUCACAGCAGCGCGUCUGCCCUGCGUACCAUUUGGUUAUACGUCCAAUCCAACUUACUACCUGAUCUAUUGUAGUAAUUGGGGACUAACAGCCAUCACGCCCGUUCCCGCUGAUCGACGCAACUACACUGAGACAAUGGAGCUGCCGAGAAACGCCAUCACAUUCACCCCCCAAGAUGCUGCUAUCAUGCGAGGGUUGCCCAUUUUGAAAGUAUUAGACUUAUCCUAUAAUCGAGUUACAAGCAUCCAGCCGAAUUCGUUCCAAGACCUAACAUUGAUGUUUCAAUUGCUUAUGACUAAUAAUCUAAUCACCGAGCUGCCAGCGGGUACCUUCGACAAGCUUACCCUCCUACAAGACGUACGUUUCACGAACAACAGGAUAGCAUCGCUUCCUCCCCGUAUCUUCGCUAAUAAUGAUGCCCUGAAAAUUCUGAAGUUGGAUGGAAACGCUAUUCAGCACCUCCCUGUGAACAUGUUCCCACAGUCGCCGCCAAGGUUGUGGGAAGUGACAUUCAAGGAAAACUGGAUCUCUUCUCUUGAUUUUGGACUUUUCAGCGGUCUAGCAUCCGUAGGCAAACUGGAUCUUUCAAACAACCACAUCCGCACCAUUCCACACAACGUUUUCAAUGGACUGGGGAGCUCAUGCACUGUUUACUUGACCGGCAACCCGUUGAUUCACGACCAUAGACUUUGCUCGGCCUUCACCUACCCCGGUCGCCACUACACGUUUUCUGUGGACCCGGUUAUUCAAGCAAAUUUCCGCGGGAUGGCUAUCACGAACAAAUGUAACUGGCCCUGCAAUAAAUGGAGGCCAGAGCCACCGAAUGUUCGGAACUGCCCGAACGCAUUCUGCAACGGAACUGUUGGCAAUCCGACCUGCUUGCCUCUGGCAUUUAAUCCCAGCAUUGGAGUGUACUAUUGCAACGCCACUAGAACGGUGCUGACUAUGCAUUCCAGCAAGGAAGGCUACUUUUCGGAUGCGGUGUCGACCUGCAGGGCGUUCCAAGCCACACCGCCGGACAACGCGCAGUUCGCUAACGGUUGCGUCCAGGCGUUUGCGCAGCAGAUCAAGACCAAGCUGGGCAUUGCCUAUACGCCCGUUGUGUGGCUGAACCUUCACGACCGCGCAGCCAACACGAUAUACGCAAGCAACCGUUACACAUAUGUGCCGGGCACUAAGUACUUGUACAUCAUGUGUGCGCGCGAGGUGGCGAAGUAGAUGGAGGAAGAGAGGCGUGCCUGGCGAGUGUCAACCGUGGAACCAUGGCAUCAAGCCCUAGUGCGAGUGAGCGAAGAGUGACGGAGUAAAGCCCGGAGGAGGCACAGCAUGUGUGGGCGUGUGAGUGGGUGGCCGCGUGGGUGGUAGAUGGUGUGUGUGUGUGUGUAAUUAUAUGUAUGUUUGUGUGUGGUGACGACUACUUACUAGUGGUUAUCUCGCGAUGGUCUUGAUCUGUUGCAGUCAGAGCAUGACUGGUAUCGUUGCCAAAAGAGAAAAUCUGUCCCUGUCCCGUACAUUUUCAGAUUUUCCAUACUACUUUUGCGACGUGCUUACAUGUAAAUGGUACAAAAUGUGUGUGCUGUAUGCGUGCAUGUGUGUGCUGUAUGCGUGGCUGUGUGUGUGUGUGUGUGUUUGCAUUAAAUUAGGUUGUGUGUGCUAUCAUACUGCGUAUUGUGCAAACGGGAGCAGAUCCAUUCUUCUUCCUAUUCUUGUCUAUUGUUAUCUUUUCUUUCCUCUACUGUUUGUCUGCUUGACAUCUUCACCUAUUCAUGCGUAAACAUGCUUCCCCUGUGGCAAGAGCUACAUGUACACUUCAAUCUCCUCUGGGCAUUCACCAAUAUCCGACUGCCACUCGAUUUCAACUCUCCCUGAAGAAAUGUUCCAUCAAAAAUAA